AUGAGCCGCGCUUGCGAAGCACAAGAUAUACGGCCUGCGGAGGUGCCUGAUUCCAAGACAGCUGACAAGCAGGCAGAAGUCUUCGAAGAGAGCUAUGACAGCCCCCGUCAAGCCGGCUUUCAGCCUCCUUUAUACCUGAAAUGCGGGCCUCUCCUGCGCUUUACUGGUAUUGACAGAAAGCCGCGAAUGGACGAGCCCUUGAGUAGGGAUGUAAUGGAAAUAUGGGAAGGGAGUGUUAUGGUUGUGACUGUGGAUGCUAUGUCAACCUACAUGAAGCCUCCGACCCUCUGGCUCUUUAAGCAGACGGUCGACCUCCAGACUUCUGAAGCCCAAAAGAGUGCCCCCAGUGGUCAUCAACUGGCAGCAGAGUUCGCAGACCCUCUCACCGGUCAGAUCAAGAUGUCCAGAUUUGGCAAGCCGCUGUAUGUAAAGCCAGUGGGUAGCCUUCAAGAAAGGAGGGAUCUUUCUUGUGACGAUAACAACGGUCUGUUUGAGACGACCGAAGAUAACCAAACGGCUACAACAUCGUCAAAUGUCGCAGACCUAUACCCCGAAAAGAGGGAUAAUAACCAGAGACAUGAAGUCUACAAAAUUAUCGGUACGCACCUGCACGCUGAACGGGGGUUAACAUUUUGGAAGUUCAAACUUGAAAUCCCGCUAGGCCCCCGCGAAACCCGAAUCAUCUACCAUAUAAACCACGGCACUACCACCAGUUUCUGGAUUCCCGCAAAGGGGCAAGGAAUGAACGUCAUGUUUCAAAGCUGUAAUGGAUUUUCUCUUUCCGUCGACCCGGACCCUUACUCCGGGCCGGAUCCUUUAUGGCGCGACGUUUUGAAUGCCCACCAGAAACGCCCCUUCCACCUCAUGAUUGGAGGGGGCGACCAGAUUUACAAUGACGCGUGCAGAGUGCAGACACGUUAUUUUAAGAAAUGGACAGGGAUGAAGAAACCUCGCCCCAAGCAAUCUUUGAGCUUUAGCGCUGAAAUGCAGGAAGAGCUCGAGGACUUUUACUUAGCCCAUUACUCUUCAUGGUUUUCUCGGGGACUUUUCGGGAUGGCCAACUCUCAGAUACCUAUGAUAAAUAUUUGGGAUGAUCACGACAUCAUUGACGGCUACGGUUCCUACCCGCAUAACACAAUGGCGACUCCUGUAUUCAAAGGACUAGGGGCCGUGGCGUUUAAAUACUACAUGCUCUUCCAACACCAGAGCGUUCCUGAAGAGACAGAACAGGAGGAGCAAAGCUGGCUGCUUGGUGCUGAGCCUGGGCCAUAUAUUGAGGAGUUCAGUCGGAGUAUAUUCACAUUUCUUGGCUCUCGUGUAGCCUUUUUGGGGCUAGAUUGUCGCACCGAGAGGACGCGCAACCAGAUUCUUUGCCAGAAUACCUGGGAUCUGGUAUUGGGACGCUGCAAGGAGAAGAUUGUAAAGGGCGAGGUUAAACAUCUCAUUGUCCUUCUAGGCGUGCCAAUUGCGUACCCCCGGCUAAACUUUCUUGAAAAUGCCUUGACAUCAAAAGCAAUUGAGCCUCUGAAAGCGCUUGGGCGAAUGGGAAUUCUUGGAAACUUAUUCAACAAGUUUGAUAGCGGUUUUGAGAUUCUGGAUGAUCUCGAAGACCAUUGGACUGCAAAGCAUCACAAGUUAGAAAGAAACUGGUUCAUCCGACAAUUGCAAGACUUGGCAGCGGCAAAGUCGGUCCGUAUAACUAUUCUUGGCGGCGAUGUCCACCUCGCCGCCGUCGGCCAAUUCUAUAGCAACAGAAAGCUCGGUAUUCCGCAAGUUCAUGACCAUCGUUACAUGGUCAACAUCAUCUCCUCAGCGAUUGUCAACAGGCCACCUGCAACCAUGCUUGCGAACCUGAUAAAUCGACGCAAUAAGGUUCAUCACUUGGACAAAGAGACAGAUGAAGACAUGGUCUCCAUGUUCCAGCGAGACGUUGAUGGCAAGUCCAGGCGCAACACUCAUCUACUGCCACGUCGAAACUGGUGUUCACUCCUUGAGCACAACAGAGGCGGCUUGAAAAUUUGCAUAAACGUUGAAAAAGUACAGGGUAAUCCUGCUGGUACAUCUGUUGAAUAUUCGUUCUUUAUUCCCACCCUGGAUUACCGCGAACCUCGGAAACUUAUUAAAGAGAGAUUGAAGUGGAGGCGGUGGCCCUUUUUAGGUCAUUCAGCGGAAAAGCGGUAG